UCUUUAUUUUAUUGACCUUUCCAGUUGAGUGAGUGAUGUGUCUCCAGUCUUGUUGCAGAGCACAGCCUCCUCCCAGUUGAGGGUCACUGUGGCAGAGACAGCCAGCUGCUCAUCUAUCUCUCUGGUCUCAGUGAUACUUAAUGAGAUUAGCUGUUGGUGUAAGCCUGCGUCAGUCCAAAGGGGUCAAUCACAGGAUUAGCACCUUGCUUAAGACUUACAUCAGUUUAUUACACUUUUUCCUCUUCACUUUUUCCACAUUUCUGGCUCUUUGUGUUACAUUUUGGAGCCUCUGAGGCAUGUUUGCCUGUAAUUCUGCUUACAUCUGUGGAGUGUGGAUUUUGUAAUGCAUCAUGUCGCCCUGGGACUGAGUCUGUCUCGAGCCAUAGCCAUUGAAUGAAGCAUCUUCCAGGGGAGGAAGAGGAGUGGGGGCAGCCGGAGAAGUGAAGGGGCCAACGGGCCAGAAUCUGGAGUGCUGUGAGUCUGAGACUGUGGACCAGUCUGCCUCAUGCCGCUGGUAAACAACAAGGUAGCCGAUGGAUGCACGGUCGGCACAGAGAAGGCUUUGGCUGAUGGAAAAGCUCUGGUGGAUUCUCUGGUGAAGGUGGUGGCGUGUUACCGUCACUUGGCUUCGUGCGUUGGCGGCUGCUCAGACAGUUUGCAGCUUCGAGAUGAGCUGCGACAAACACGGGAAAAGGCCCAGAAGUUGGCUGUGGACAUCUGCAGUCACCUGACCACACACCUCAGGAACAAGAGCCUCCCUGAAGAGCAGCGGAAGGAGAUGGAGCUCCUGUGGGUGGCCUUCUCCUCCAGCCUGGAACUCCUCCAUGUCGACAUGUGUAAAGUGUUCAACAUCGGUGACAUCUUCUGUCUGGCCAACACAAAAAAUCUGGUGCAGACCGGCCUACAAGGAGGCGGCAGCGAGGUCGCCGCUCGGGCUCUCAGCCUGCCGGACCUGAACCAGGCUCAGACCUCCACUCUCCCUGCAGGUCUGGAGAUCCUAGAGCGCAGCACCAUGGAGAAAGAGAUCAGCCAAAUAGAUCACAUGAUCGAUGACAUGGAGAUGAAGGUCAACGUGCUGCGCUGGAUGGUGGAGCCUCGUGGGCCAAAGCAAGUGGACGAGCUGAGCGGUUCAGACAACACCUCACUUGCUCUCAUGUCGGUUGAGGAGGAGGAGCAGCCUGCACAGCGGUCUCUGUGUCAGCGCAGCCCCAUCUUUGUGCUCUUAUUGCUGCUGCUGGUGGUUUUAGUGGCAGCUACUCUAUCUGUCAGUAUUGUCCUUUUAUCAUGAGCAAAACCCUUUAAACA